AUGACGAAAUGGUUUUCAAAGACUGCAGCUUUCUCACAUCGACCUCUUGAAGAGUGUUCAUCCUCCUCUCAGAAUCCUUCCUUUCCAUCUUCCUUCUCCUCCUCCUCAACAUUCAGAACAACACCCCUCAUGCAUGACAUAUCCUCUUCAUCAUCUCCAAUCCACACUCUCCACACGACUCACACUCUCAUUGAAGAUCACAAUCCUCUCACUCGAGAAGAAGAAGAACAACAACAAUCCUCCAGCCACAACAUCAUGAUGGAAGAUCUCGAACUCACAAAUUCUCAACAACAAGAACAUCAACAAGAACAACAACUCGUAGAAAAACAACAAAAAGUACAAGAACUUGCUCUCCGUUAUCCCUCUCUCUUUCAACAAAUUCUUGUCUUUGAGGAUGAUGAGAGCCAAUGUCCAAUUUGUUUGGAAUUGUACAAUGAGGAGAAUCCUGAAGUGAAAUGCAAAUGUGGACAUGGAUUUCAUUUGCAGUGUAGUGAGGAAUGGAGACAACGAUCUUCCGAGUGUCCAGUGUGUUUCCGAAAAUUAAUUUAUGACUUUGAAGAAGAGGAAUUACCCAAAGAGAGUGAACAUUCCACAAUCAAAUCAAAUCGAAAUUCGAAUGUGAGGAAUUCCUCUACCUAUUAUAAUAUGAAUGAACCAUUGGUUCGUACGCGAGAGUCCACUCAAAGAAGAAGAUUGUUUGUUCUUGGUAAUGGUGGUAAUGGUGGUGGUCGAACAAACAUGUUGAAACGAAUGUUUAGAUGUUUAUGUUGUUGCUGUUGUUGUUGUUGA